AUGCUUCAAAUUAAGCAAUCGCCGGACAAACCUCGUCCACCCCCUGUCGAUGACAACACCACCCAAGACUCCCCAUCCAAACUAAGCCUGUCUUCUUCGCGCACCCCCCUUGGCCCAGUGGUGGUCUUCAUUGCCCGAGCCUCAAACCUGACUGACCACAACUACCCAAAGGCGAAAGUUGACAACAACCAAAUGCACGAAUACCUACGCUCACUGCUUAUAAUCACCGUCGCCGAGCACCGCAAGAGAUUCGGUCUCCUGGGUCUCCGUCCCCACAAGAUGCAGACAAUCAUCCAACCCGCCCAUAGCCGAAUCCCAUCCGUCAGUCGAGUCGGCAAGUAUCUGGGAAUGGCUCUCGAGGAAGCACGCGCGUCCAAGACCGAAUGCAUCUUUGUCCUACACGGCUGGGAUGGCUGGACGACUGAUAAGAUGACCAUUAUGGAUCUCUGCGAGCAGUUCCGCGACAUCCCUUUCUCCCUUCAUGUUUAUGCGAACCGCGGCACGCUUCGUGAGUUCUUUGAGGUCAAUGCUCACAAGGUCAAUGCCUACUUCAGACACUUGGUUACAGUGGAUGAUCUGAGUGUUACUGGUGAUCAUUCGACGGCGCUUUUCAUACGCAUCCUGGAGGCUCUGCCUACCUUGCAAUAUGCCAAGUAUUAUCCUGUUCUGUCGGCAGCGGAACGGGACAAUCUUGCCAAAUACGAUAAGCGGUUCGUUGGGAUCUAUGAAGAGGAGAAAGUCAACGUUCCAAAGCUUGAAGUUGCAGAUUCAGAUGGCCCAAAGCCCGAAGUUUAA